AUGAGAAUCUUUUUCUUAAUUUUUGCUGCUCUCAUUCUCCUUUCUGGCAUUUUCUCAGCUAGCGGAGGGAUGCACAGAGAGCCACGUUGUCUGAAACCGGACGGUCACCGUGAAGCCGAGUGCCUUUCCUUUGAGGUUAAGAUUAGGGGCUGUAGAACUGAACUGACACCACUCUGUUGA